GCCGCCCCACCUGCGGCCGGGCCGGAGGGGGGGGCAGGGGAAGGGAAGGGAAGGGGGGGCGUUCAUUAACCCCUUCCCCACCGGGCGGCUCCGGAAGCGGCCGCCCCGGCCCUGCGCUGCCUCCCGUGCCCGGGCGGGGAAGGGGUGGCGCCGGGUGGGGGCGACGCGGGGCGGGGGGGCCGCGGGAGCCGCUCCCUCCUCGCCCAGCCCGGCCCGGCGGCGGCGGCAGGAGGAGGAGGAGGGCGCAGAGCGCAGACAUGGCGGCCAACAUGUACCGAGUGGGAGAUUAUGUUUAUUUUGAAAAUUCCUCCAGCAAUCCAUAUCUCAUUAGGCGAAUUGAAGAGCUUAACAAGACUGCUAAUGGAAACGUGGAAGCAAAAGUGGUGUGUUUUUACAGGCGAAGAGAUAUUUCCAACAGCCUCAUAAUGCUUGCAGAUAAACAUGCUAAAGAAGUUGAAGAAGAGUCUGAAACUACAAUUGAGGUUGACUUGACGGAUAAACAGAAACAUCAGUUGAAGCACAGAGAGCUCUUUCUUUCUCGCCAGUAUGAGUCUCUUCCUGCAACUCACAUCAGGGGAAAAUGCAGUGUUGCACUUCUGAAUGAGACAGAAUCUGUGUUGUCGUAUCUGGAGAAAGAGGAUACGUUUUUUUAUUCGUUGGUGUAUGAUCCAUCACUGAAAACGCUUUUAGCAGACAAGGGAGAAAUCAGAGUGGGGCCUAGAUAUCAAGCAGAUGUGCCUGACAUGCUUGCAGAAGGAGAAUUAGAUGACAGAGAACAGGCAAAGCUGGAAGUAAAAGUAUGGGAUCCAGAUAGCCCCCUUACUGACCGUCAGAUUGACCAGUUUUUAGUUGUAGCACGUGCGGUUGGCACGUUUGCUCGAGCACUGGACUGCAGUAGUUCUGUCAGACAACCUAGUCUACACAUGAGUGCAGCUGCUGCUUCCCGAGACAUCACACUGUUUCAUGCAAUGGAUACAUUGCAUAAACACAACUAUGAUUUGAGCAGUGCCAUCAGUGUUCUAGUGCCACUUGGAGGGCCUGUGUUGUGUAGAGACGAAAUGGAGGAAUGGUCAGCAUCAGAAGCUAGUUUAUUUGAAGAGGCAUUGGAAAAGUACGGGAAGGACUUCAAUGACAUUCGACAAGACUUUCUCCCAUGGAAGUCGCUGACUAGUAUCAUUGAAUAUUAUUACAUGUGGAAAACUACUGACAGAUAUGUGCAGCAGAAACGUCUGAAAGCGGCUGAAGCAGAAAGUAAAUUGAAACAAGUAUACAUCCCCACCUACAAUAAACCAAAUCCCAAUCAAAUAUCCAGCAAUAAUGGGAAACCUGCUGCAGUCAAUGGAGCAAUGGGAGCCUCUUACCAGACACAGGCCUCACUAAUAGGUCGGGCUUGUGAAAGUUGCUAUACUCCACAGUCUCACCAAUGGUAUUCUUGGGGUCCUCCAAAUAUGCAGUGUAGAUUGUGUGCAUCUUGCUGGAUUUAUUGGAAGAAGUAUGGUGGCCUGAAAAUGCCCACACAGACAGAUGAAGAUAAACUGUCUUCCAGUCAACCUACAGAGGAAUCACAUGUUAGAACUCAUAUGUCCCGGCAGGCCACACAGGGAACUCCAGUUCGUAACACUGGAAGUCCAAAGUCAGCAGUGAAAACACGCCAAGCCUUCUUUCUUCACACAACGUGUUGGACAAAACUUGCCCGUCAGGUCUGCAAAAAUACUCUCCGGCUGCGGCAGGCAGCAAGACGUCCCUUUGUCCCUAUUAACUGUGCUGCCAUUAAGGCAGAAUAUGCAGAUCGACAUUGUGAAAUUGCUGGAAAUCCUCUGAAGAUCAAAAGCACCAGAAAACCACUGUCAUGUAUCAUUGGGUAUUUAGAAAUUCAUCCUGCAGUGAAACCCAAUGUAAUCAGAUCAACAUCAAGCCUUCAAAGUCCAAGUGCAAAACGACUGCUUGCACCCUCCAAUCACUCUUCACUAAGUAUUUUGGGAAAGAGAAACUACAGCCAUCAUAACGGUCUUGAUGAAUCAUCCAGCCAUACAACAAGAACAAUAAUGCAUGCUGCUCCCCACAUUCAUAUGACUAAUGGUAAGGCCUUGCAAGCCAGUGCAAGUGCCAUUAAGACAAGCACCAUUCCAGUGAUCAAGAGACAGAGGCAAAAUUGGCUUGAUGCUUCAGAUGAUGGUUUCUUUAUAGCUACAGAAGAGACCAGUGCUGAAGCAGUUAGAAACCUUCUCACGAAAAAUCCGUAAGAAGUUUACCAGAUUGCAGCUGAAAAGAGCUUCCAGAACACCUUGUUCUCCAAUCAUUGCAAAGACAAAGUCUCUCAUGAACAAUAGGCAGGCACGAACAGAGCCAAGAACCAUCAUGCACUGAAGAUAUAACAGCAUCAGCACCAUAAUCAUGUCAAAAUCUUAAUUAUGAAUGCAGAUACAACAGGACCUUCCACAUCUUCAGGACAGACACACUGUAUGGACAUGUUGUGGUUGGGUUCUGUGUUCUGGGCAGGAUCCAACAGCAGCUCUUCUUUUCCCUUGCCUCUGCAAGGGCUACUUCUGAUUCGCUGUGCAAGCCUAUCAAUGAUCGUCCUGCUAUAUUCCCCUCAUUUCCCAUUAUCAGAGUUGGCUGGUCAGGGAGGGACUGUUCACACUGACCGCACAGAAGGAGAAUGGAUGCAGAGUACACCCACCACGUUUGUCUAUGCCUUCUGGUGGUGUGAUAUGAAAAUAGGCAGCUUUCAAAACUAUUGCAGUGUCUUUGAAGCAGGAUUUAGUCUUCAGGGGCUGCAUUUUCAAAAUGAGCUGUAGACUGGGUAUUUGAAUUUUACAGUGUUGUCUAGAGUCCGUUUGGAUUUAAUUUUCUGAUCUGCUGAGUGUCCAGAGGCUGAAAUGUGGACAAGGAGUUGUUCAGCAGUUCUGAAACUUAGAUCAAAUUAGGCAGUGCCCAGAAUUAGUGUCAAAUUUUCAAAAUGUUGGCCAUAUUAACUUUGGUUAAAAUCCUGAGAAGUAUUAUGUGUGGCAGUGAACAUCCAGCUGGACAAGUUGCAUGUGUAAGAACUGGUCUGAUUUUCUAUAUAUUUGCAAACAUCCACAUAUUUCUUUGGGUAUAUUUGGCAUUUCUUGAAAUCUAUUCCGAAUAGUCAAAACCAGCAGAAUGCAAUUCCCAGGAAAACAUGAGGAAAUAAAGUAUUUCCUAUUAACAAAGCCUCUCCACAAAACAAUUACUACAUUUUUAUACAUCAGGUUAAGAAAGUUGUCUUGCAGAAUGCUUUGAAAUUCAUACUUGUAAGGCUACAGGUAGACACUUACCAUGGACAGAUGAUGUGCCUUUUGUAACUAAUUGUAGGAAGCUGUCAGUCCCCCUGAAAGUGGGAAUGGCAACAGAGGCAGGUCUUUUUUCUACUCAGGUACUUACAGGUGAACAAUCUCUGCCCUACUUUGAAAUCAAGAGGCAACCAGUGUGUAGCACUGCUGUGUAAACCUAGCUGAGAUAUGUUGAUUAUCUGAGGCAAGUUAUGUCCUUCCAUAGAUUUGGUUUCCAUAUGGUAUUUCAGAGGUAGUCAGACGCUGAACACAUCACAAUAAGCUGAGAUGAGCUUCAGGACUUUUUUUCCUAGUUCUUUACUAGGUAGCUCUAACAGUAUAGUACAGAUGUCAGGUUUUCGUCUGUUUGUGGAUGUGUGCCCAGCUCUGUGGUUAGAAUGACAAACGUGUAAAUGGUGUCUCAUACCUCUGGGUGUUUCAACCCCCUCCCCCAGUUACUUGUCCCCCAUACAAUUUUCAGUUUCAGCCUGAAAGAGCAUCUGCGAUACCACCCUAUAACUAGCUAUGCUGUCCAUGUCAGAUUGUUAACUCUUGAAAUGGUCAUCCAGAUGCUAUCUCAAAAAAGAAAGCACAUCGACCUCCUGAAAGGACUUGCUGAUGAUUUCCCAGAGUGAUGGAUCCAGGUCUUGUCCACUGUCCUCCACCAGCAAGAAAAGGUGAAUAUGAAGGAGAAAUUGUGACAUGAAGUGCUUUUAGUACCCUGAGCAAUCUAGUGAAUGUCACUGAUUGGGAAUCGAUUGGAGAAGACCUGGGAUUCAUCUGCUUACAGUUCUUGCCAGUAGCCACUGAAGUGUGCUGCCCUAGGAAUCUCUUCUAUCCACAUGAUCUGCUUUCUCCUCACAACAGGAGGGCUUUUCAUCAGAUACUGAGCGGAGACAACCUAUUCUUAUUAGUAAGAAUUGCCUUUAUUAACUACGACAUAUGGAAACACCUUCUGUGUAAUAGCUUCCUCACCCAUUAAAAUAAAGAAAACAUGAUUAUUCAGCAAUCUGUUUGACUGGAAGUAUGAAAAACAUGAACAGAAAGAGCUUUCUCUCCCUCAGGCACCACUGAAAUCACACACAGCAGACUCAUUUUCAAAGUGUCAUUUGCUGUAAGGUGAUGGAUUUUUUCCCCUGCCUUAUUAAGCUUGUACUCAAAUUUUUUCUUUUAGUCAGUGUGCUACAAUGUCUAGCUAGUAUUUUGUAAAAUCUGUGCGUUUCUGCUUUUGACAAAAAUAUUAGCAUUUGUAAUAGUGUGUUGUGAAGUCAUUUUUUUUCUUCAUUUCCUCUGAGGAGCAAGAGAUUCCUAACGCGACUCCCUGUUACGCAGCCUGGUAACAGCUAUCUUUUGCAUCAAGCAUCCAAGGUAAGGAAGAAUCUUCCUUUGCAGCUUCAAGCUGAGGCACUUCAUCUGGAUACUGUGGCAGUUAUGCUGUGCCCCUGCCUGGCAGAGCCAUUUCACAGGUUGCAAUAGCCAACCCUUGGGGUGGGUGAGGCAGUGAGAAGACUGUUUACUGAAAUAACUUCGGUUCCAUCUUUAAACUGCUUUGCAUGCAGCUGCAUAGAGACCUUCCUUCCCCUAAAAUGCAGGCAGUGCGCAGAGAAACUGCACACUGUGUAUCGCACCUUCGUCUUUACCAGCUCUCUCUCAGUCAUACCUUUCCUGUAAGAUGUUCUCCAGGAUGGAAACAGGAUUUACCUGUGAAUUUCAACAGAAAGCAUCGAUGGACAAUUAGAUGACGAUGUGUUCCUGCUGGGUUUGGGCAUAAAAACUUUUGUAGAAAUUGUGACAGUUCUUUCCACAGUGUCUUGCAAUUCCAUGCUCUCUGUUGUUGAAGAUUUCGUUCUACUGACCUUGAGCAAAGAUGACACAUUCCUGUGUAAGUUAUAACAGUAUAUCCACAGCAAAUCAAAGCUCAGUACUGUUUUUAUCAAGCUUCUCAAGCUAGUUAUUUUAGACCUAGCAAACAUAUCUCAGUCAUCAACAGUGACAGUGAGUAUAAACAUAAACCUCAGAAGCAAGGACAAGACAUUUGCUUCUUACCAUGGAUGUGAGCAAGAGAAUCUAGGCAGCUUCAGCACUGCAUUUGCAAUAUGAUUUAUUUUCUUGUUUGCUAAAUAAGAAAGCUAUCUGAAAAUCUGCCUCUGCUCUUACAGAUAUGGAGUUAGAAAACCAUGCAAAAUGCAUUUUCUUUUUGUAUUCAGAGGUCUCAUAAAGAGUAAGAAGAUUUUGUUGAAAUUUAAAAUGUCCUUGUUGCUGAUUUCAAGUAUAUAGCUAUUCUGUACUCUUGAAAUAUUUUUGUAUAUUUUUUCAGAUUAUUUUUAAAGGCCAUUACUUAGCGAUGGAAGUUUUGGUUGUGUAGGACGGAAAAAAAUGAGCUCUUGAAAUACUUGAAAUGUAUUGGUGACAUUAAAACUACAUCUUUUAAACCAUUGCUUUGAUCAAAAGCAAAUAUAGCUAUAGUUUCUACAGUCCAAAACUUGCAGCACGGUAUGAAAAAGUGGGGAUUAAAAAUGAAAUGAAGAAUAAAUGAGUAGAAAAAAAAAAAAAAAGAAUCUGCACUUACAGAAUGUGCACUUUUUAUUAAUCUGAAGCAAGAUUUUUUAUAAUUAUCAUUUUAACCUAGGUACUUUCCUAAUUAUAAAGUUUUAAAUAAAAUGGAAUGGCUGCACAGUAGUUUUUGAUUUAGUCACAGCAUAACAUCCUACAGCCUCAUGCAGAGAACAAUUGUACUCCUUCAGAAAUAUUACAUUGCUAAGUACGAUAUAGUGGACACAGUGUAUAUGUAUACUGCUAUGGUAAUGGCAGCAUUAGAAUCCUCUGGAAAUGUCAGCAAAAUUAUAUUCAUUUUUAAUUUUUUCUUGAAAGUCUUUUAUAUAAACCCGUGUCUUCAUAAAGCAGAGUGGGUGUCAAGAGAUCUGAGUUUAUAUAACUGCACAGUGGAAUUUUUUGGAGUAAGUCAGGACUUUUUUAUUCAAAUGUUGCAUGUUGAGGGAGGAAACCUAAUUUUGGAAUACAUGGGGUUUGGAUAAGAGUUUUGAGAUUGUACUAUAGAGUGAUCAACAAAUUUGCAGAAUAUGCUCCUGUUGCUCAUAAAGAUUUAACAGUUGGUAUUGAAAUACAGUAUUGAAGAUUAAAUAAAAAAGAGAAGCAUGUAAUUUUUAAAAAAUCUAUUGUUUAGACUGCAAGUGAAUUUCUUAAGGGAAUGGUAGAACUGGGAGGCUCAGUGCUGAGUGUUUGAGGAUGUGGAGCACCUUAGAAUGAAACAUAGUACUAUCUGAUUUGCAUUAAAGUGUCUUUGUGUACAAGC